AUGGUGGGUUGGGGGGGGGAGUGGGGGUGUUUGUUUGGGUAUGGGGGUUGGGAUGUUAAGGGUUAUUUGGGGGGGGGGUUUGGGUUUAGAUUGAGGAGUGGGGAUUUGGAUUUGGAUUGUUGGGUUUGGGGGGUUGUGUGUUGGUUUUUGUUUUUUAUAGGGGGGGGUUGGGGAGAGGUGGGGGUGGGAUUUGGAAGUUGGAGUGGGGUGUGGGUUUGGGUUGGUUGUGGGGGUGAGGGGAGGUUGGGGGGUUUUUUGUGGGAAGGGAUGGGUUAUGAGUUUUUUUUGGUAGGGGGGGGGUUUUUGGUUUGGGGGGGGGGGGGGUUUAUUUUUGGUUUGGAGAUUUUUGGUUGUGUGGGGUGUGUGUUGGGUGUUUGUGGUAUUUGGGGGUUGUGGGGUUUGUUGGGUGGGGUGGGGGGGGGGGGUUGUUGGGGGGGGGUGUUUGGGGGGGGGGGGGGUGUGGUGUUUUGGGUUUGGGUUGGUGGUUGGGGAUUUGUGUUUUAUGUGUUUAUGGUGUGGGUUGUGUUGGGGGGGGUGGGUGGGGGGGUGGGUGGGGGGGGGUUUUGGGGGGGGGUUGUUGGGGGGUGA